AUGUCUUAUUCUCGGAGAGCCGCCGUGUUUGUGCUGCUGCUGCACGCGGCGUGGCUCUCAUCGCCGCAUCGUCUCGUGGCGGGCCACCGGCGGCUUCCCCUUCUCAUCUCCCCUCCCCCCCCUCCCCUCCCCUUCUCCCCUCCCCCCUUCCCCCUCCCCUCCUCCCCUCCCCCCUCCCCCUCCCUCUCCCCCCUUCCAGCCGCAUGCCCCAGUGACGUUGUCUGCCCGACAGGAGCCUUCUGCGCGGUGGACAGCGGCGGCUUCCCCUUUUGCAAGUGCCUCACCGGGCAGGGCAUCAUCAACGGCGCGUGCUUGGAUGCCAUGAGCUGGAAGACGGUGGGCACGAGCGUCGUUCUCUAUAACGCCGCCUCCUUUGCCAACUCGCCCGCCACGCUCGCGCCCGCCGUGCUGCGCGCGCCGGCACCCAACUCCUCAGCCUGCACGGUGGUGCCGAAGGGGUUCAACGGCACGGUGGGGUCGCUGCAGAUCAUGUGGAACGUGAAUGACGGCGCCGCGGAUCACCUGGUGUGCGGCAAGCUCGUGUUCUGGGACAAGAACGACUGCUCUGGAUCUUCAUUUGCGUACGAGAUUCCCGGCAAGUGGACGGCCGCCAAGGCCGACAACUUCAAAUACGCCACCACCAGCGUCAAGAAGGCAACGGGCGUGGUGGCGACGGGCAGGUCCUUCUCGUGUCUGGCGGCCGUGAAGCCGCCUGUCACGGACCUGUGCGCCACGGCGUCGUGCCCGCCCAACUCCAAGUGCGUCCUGACGAACAGCUCCUUCGCGCAGUGCGUGUGCGACGCUGGACUGACCUUGGUUCCCGAGGGCUUCUGUGUUGAUUCGUGCUCCGUCAAGCAAUGUGGCAUCGGUGGCAAUUGCGUUCUUCUAUCUAAUGGCGAGCCGUAUUGUGCUUGCAAAACUGGCUACGAGCAGGAGUUCGUAACUGGCUCAUGCAUUGGAGAGGGUCAAUGCAAAGACUGCCUUCAGGGUACCUUUGGCAACAACUCUUUGCCGUACGCUUACUGCCCACCGGGCUUCAACAUGCGCUCUGGUGCUUGCCUGCCAGGAGUCGUGCCUGACGUGGCAGACAUCGCCAUCAGCAUCUACAGCACCACCAGCUUUGGCUUACAGAGUGGUCCCCCUUACGUCUUCCGCCUCAAGCCCAACAAGUGUGUCACCAUCCCGCCGGCCGUGGUUGCCAGCAGCAAGUCAGUGGGCAUUCUGUACCGAGCGCCUGGCACGUACGUGAGGUGCACCACCAUGACCAUCUUCACCCAGCCCUUCUGCGCUGGCUACUCUCUCAGUGACGCCGUGCCCAUCAACAACGACCUUGUUGCCACUCCCAUUCCGAAUAAUGGACUCUGGAAGCCCUUCGACAAGAAGCGGAAAAACGACGGCGACCUGGGUUCCAGCAAGGGUGCUGCUAAGAAGAAGAAGAAGAAGAAGACUCCAAACCCGGACAACAUCGUGGUGAACGAGGUGCUCGACAUCGACGAUGAAUACGCAGCAGCUGCAUGCCCGAUUCCUUCCUUCGCAGAGAAGGUGAAGCCGAAAGACCCCACCCUCCGUAAUCCCAACUCCCGUCCCCCUUCCCCUCGCAGCAAGGAUACUAAGAAAACAAGGCGCGGAUGGACCGUACGCGAGAAACUCAAGUGGGCGCGCCGCUACCAAGAGCUCGGCUCCCUCAAGAAGACCUCCGUGGAAUCCACGGCGUCCAUCGCCUGCAUCAGACGCUGGAGCGCGGAGGCUGCAGCGGGCCUUUACAAGGGAGCGGCGAACUGCCGCAAGCGGAUGCACGGGGCCGGCCGCCACUCACACUACCCCGGCAUGGAGGCGGCUUUGUACCGCUACAUAUGCCUGCAGUGCGCGAAUGGGGUGGUGAUCACGAGUGCGCUAAAGACUGCGAGAGUGUGCCAAGCACAGGAUAACGGGUGGAUGGACGAGAGCGCUGUGCAGACCUGGCUGACCAAGGAGGUGCUGCCCCAAGCCUACCGGAACCUGCGGAGGCCUCCACACCCCGUGGUGCUGCAGUGGAUUGCGGAGGCGUGUGAUCAAGUCCUCAAGCAGGUCAUCAUUGACGCGUUCCGCCACUGUGGGAUUUCAAGCAAGCUGGACGGGACGGAGAACCACCCCGUGAUGUCUCACCUGCGCGCGAGGAGCACCACUGAUGUCUCUGAGGACAUGACCCUCGGAGGGACCACGGGCGACAACACGCGCCUGCUUCGGCAGGCUCUUGAGGAGGAGGAGGAGGAGGAGGAGGAGGAGGAGGAGGAGGAGAUCCAGGUGGAGGGCGUCAGGGAGGUGGCCGUGGCAACCGGCCUAGAGGUGCUGUACCAGGAGACCCCCAACUACCGCGGAGCGGCGGCCGAGGCUGACCGCAUGAUCGAGCCAAGGCAGACGGCUAGGCAUGCCUGGCGAGUGCCAGACCUGGGUGUUAGGGAGCCUGAUGUUAGUGCAGAUGAGGAGGCCGUGACGGAGGGGGGCUAG